AGUGGAGUCUAACAGGUUUUCAAUCAUCAUGUAAAUAAUGAACAGGUCAAAAAAAAGAAAGUGGGGUGUGGUCACACUCAGUUCUGUCUGAGUGAAGCAGUGGAUCGUUCAGGUAUGUGACGCAGAUAACUCCAACAGGACCAAGUCAACGUGAUCUGAAGCUGAAGUUUUGUAGUUGUGAUCUCAACAGGUUGAGUGCUGAACUUGAGGUGACGCCCCCUCCUGAGUCACUCUGGGUAAAGAGUCCCAGAGUGAGGACCAGAGGUGAGAAGAAGAGUUAAUAUCCCUCAUCAAAUGUUGAUGUUUAAACUUCAGUGGCCUGUGAUCAGGAGAAACAUCAGGUUCAUUUUCUCUAAUCGUUCUCCUCCUGCUCCUCCCUGCUCAGGUUGAUCGCCCCCUGGAGUAGCGUGUCCAUGUACUCCAAUCCACGCUCUGCCAGGAACAUGUAUACAAAGUCCAUGAACCAACCUCCGUCAUUCGACCCAGAGCCGUUUCGACCCUCUCAGUCUCGCCGCUCCUUACUGAACGUGGAGUCACCUGAGAGGCUCGGUGCAUCAAUGAGGAGCACCAGAUCCAUGGACCCACCGAUUUCCUUCAGCUCUGACAGCUGCCAGAGAACGAAGUCCAUGGACUCACCGCCGUCCUUCAGUGAAGAGGAGAAUCCAGACUCUUCUCAGACUUUCCAUGGCUACGGGAGAGUGGACUCAAGUGAGAGCUACGGUUUGUCAAUGAUGAGGAACAACAGAUCCAUGGAGCCAACGAUUUCCUUCAGGGUUCCUCAGGGACCAGACUCAUUGGAUCCUGGACCAGAACCUGUCUCUCAACCUGUUCCUGACUUCACUGCAGAUAUCUCUUCUGGGGGAAUGGAAAAGCUACUGCUGCAAUUCAAGCCACAGCAGAUUCCACCCUUUGACUUCCACCGGAGUAAUGCGUCCAUGGGCCCACCUCCCUCAUUCAGUCGACCUCAGAAUCCAGACUUUGACUUCCACCGGAGUAAUGCGUCCAUGGGCCCACCUCCCUCAUUCAGUCGACCUCAGAAUCCAGACUGUUCUCGGUCUCUCUGCUGCUUACUGAACGUGGACUCACCUGAGAGGCUCGGUGCAUCAAUGUGGAGCACCAGAUCCAUGGACCCACCGAUUUCCUUCAGGGCGGAGCCUGAUGGCGUCCGAUGGUUGAGACCCGGGCUGAAGAAGUAUCUCUGUGGACUCGUCCCGGACACAGACACCAUGAACAAGAACCUGCAGCUGUCCCACGACGGCAGGACGGUGACGUACGAGGACGAGGUCCAGAAGUAUCCAGAUCAUCCCCACAGGUUCCACCAGCGCCCUCAGCUGCUGUGUAGAAACGCUCUGACUGGUCGCUGCUACUGGGAGGUGGACUGGACUGGGAUCAUCAACAUAGCAGUGAGUUCCAGAGGAAUCUCCCGGGAAGGAGACGCUGAGGAUUGUUGGUUUGGAAGGAACGACCAGUCCUGGAGUCUCUACUGCUCCGAUCGGCACGGCUGCACCGUCACACACAAAGAGCGUCCCAUCUGCAGCCGUGGUCAUUUCCUGGCUUAUCACGACAACAACCCAACAACCUGCUCCACCACCUCCUCAGAAGACUCCAACAGAGCAGCAGUGUACGUGGACGUCCCUGCCGGCACGCUGUCCUUCUUUGUGGUCUCCGGAGACGAGCUGAUCCACCUCCACACCUUCCACACCACAUCCACCGAACCUCUCUAUCCCGGGUUUGGGUUCUGGGGGGGUUCCGGGGCCUCAGUCUCUCUGCCUUCAGUGUAGCACGGUUCACAUGAAGCCUCGUGAGUGGCAGAGAUCAACAGUGGUCAGAGACAUGGUGGCAUCAGGACCAACGUGGAGCUGCUGUCGUCAAUCACACUGUUUAGAAACCAGAAGUAAAACCAGCUGCUCGGGUUUGAAAUGUUACAAAGCUAAAGAACAAUGUUGAUCUGCUCUUAGUGUCUCACAGGGACACGCUGCUUCAUCCCUCAUAUUCAGUGCUGGAAUGUAACAAAGUAUUUUUACUUCGCUACUGUACUUCAGUAAAUUUUUACGUAUCUGUACUUUACUUAAGUAAAAAUAAUAGCAUACUUUUUACUUUUAAACCGUUACAUUUUGCAGCUAUUAUCUAUACUUUUACUCCACUAGAUUUCUACAAUAUGUGACGUUACUCGUUACAUUUUAUGAACACAGUUUCGGGAAAUAUGGAUGCGUUGCUGUUUUGUAAGUUUAAACGCGCACACACACACGUGUCCUUACACCGCAAAAAGACAUUUAGAAUUAUGUUUAUAAUAAUGACAAGUAACGAAAUAACCACAAACCUUGGGCCUUUAUCAGCCAGAUGCUAAACAACUAAAAGUGAUGCUUUUUCAUGCAACAACGAAGAACACCUGCCAUUUAGCGGGCGUUCUCGUUUUUCAGGAACUACCUUUUCAAAAUAAAAGUAUAACAUUUCUCCCUCUGUCUAAACCAUUUAAAAAAUAUUCAGAAAAUGAAUAUUUUGACUGCCUGACCAAUGGUCAAAUUUUCAUUUCAAGUUCCUUCAUUUUUAAUGUCUCAUUCUAAGUUCUGACCAGUUUUACAGUUGUUUUUCAUGUUCCAUGUUUCCAAUUUUUACACGUUUACAAUUAAAUAAAAGAUUUAAAGAUAUAA